CGUAGAGCAAAAAGGAUACUGCUCUUCACUGGACUGGUGCGUUCUCUUGGAUUUCUCACUUCCCUCCUCCUGGGCGGACGGCAAAGGGGGAGGCAGACAGCCACUGCAGGGAUGAAGUACAACUACCAUGUGCCAGUGUCAACGUACACACGCAGUUCACAGUACACACCAACAUACCAGACACCUACCUAUUACACCCCUACACAUUACACACCGACGCACUACACAUCCGCAUAUACCUCCACGACAAAGUACACCCCGACACAGUACAGCACGACACAUUACACCCCAUCACACUACACAUCCACCUACAAGGCUGCGUCGACAUACAUCCCCUCAUACAGCAAAGGCUCGCGGUACAGUUCCACACAGCGCACACAAGCUCAGGAACGUCCCGCACCUGUAAUACCUGUCGCACCAGCAAAGAGGACUGUGCACUUCCCCAAUGACAUCAUCUUCCAGGAUAUUGUGAGACGGGGAGAUAUGGAGCAAAUCGGUCGGUUCAUGAGAGCGAGGAAGGUUCGUGUGGAUACACUCUUCCACUCAGGUAUGGCAGCGCUACAUGAAGCUGUGCUAACAGGAAACCUGGAGGUGGUGAAGCUGCUGGUGAAAUAUGGCGCUGACGUUCACCAGCGAGACGAAGAUGGCUGGACGCCACUUCACAUGGCCUGCAGUGACGGUUACCCAGAAAUCGCCAGGUACCUGCUGUCGAUGGGAGCCAGCACAGACGCCGAGAACGAAAGUGGCGAGAAGCCUGCAGACCUCAUCGACCCAGACUGCAAAGAGCUGGUCAAACUUUUUGAGGCAGGCUGCGUGUGAUUGGGCACCAAAUGGACCCCAGAGAUGACAGAAAGCUGAGCAGCCACUUGGAAAAGGAAAAAAAACAAAACAUAUUUAACAUGUACCAGACAAACUUGCAUCAGGGUGGCAGAGCGCAGCCAGAGAUAGAGCCGUGCCACUGGUGCUGUUUGUUAGUUUCAAAAGUGCAGCACAACUUGCUAUGAGAUUAUUAUUUUUUACAUUAUAGCCUUGAAACAAUGCUCCAUUUAGCCAUAUUUCUCCUUUUGGUUGUUUUUAUUUCAUUUUAUUUUGUGCAUUUGUUUAUUUGUCAUUCUCCCAGUGUCUAUACUACAAACAUUAACCAAUAUCUCCGUCUACACUCUCAGCUCAUGUAAUGCAAUACCAACUAUCAAAAUGUCAUGUACUGUGUAUGGUCCAGGUCUGAAUAUCCAUUCGUUUCUGAACAAAAUUAGUUUCAUUUCUAUACCAUUGUGCAUUUCGAUUUAAUUUAUUUCACUUGUGUCAGUGUUAAGCAGACACUUUUGAAGUAGCUGGUUGCACUCUGCAGACAGUAUUGAAGAUUGAGUUUGCAACACAGUAUUUAAGCCGAGAUGUUAGUGUUUUCUAGAGAGAGUUAUGUUUCCUCACUGCUGGGCAGAAAGAGGAUCAGCCAGAUUAAUAAUUCAUACUUCACUGAUGGUCAGAAAUUAAAAAAAAUAUUGUCUUUAUGCUGCCACCAC